AUGCUCGCCCGCGGCGCGCUCUGCCGCUUGGCAGCUGAUGUGCCCAAAACAUCGACACACGACCUCCCGCGCAUCUCCCAGCUGCUCCGCACUACCCUCUUCGCUCGCCAUGGCGCUUCCCAGCCCACCGUCGGCGCCAUCGUUCGCGCGUUUCGAACUACAAUUCUCGAGGGGCGCCGCGCAUAUGCCACCAAGAGCGCGACUGAGCCCACCGCGCGAGUCAAGCGGGAGGUGAAGAAGGCAGUAGCGACAAAGAAGACGGCGAAGACAACUACAGCGAAGAAAACCACGACCAAGAAAGCGGCCCCCAAGAAGGCAAAGAAGGUUGCGCCAAAGAAGAAGAAGCCAGCAAAGGAGCUCACAGCAGAGCAGAAGGAAGCCCAGACAAUCAAGAAGCUGAAGGAGAGGGCGCUGCUGAAGGGGUCACCUAAACGAUCAAACAGCUCCGCAUGGACCGAGUUCGCUAGCGAGUCCCUCAAGGGUUCCAAGAACAUUGAGGAUUCACAGUCGAUCAUGAAGGAAGCGGCCGUCAAGUACAAGAACUUGACACCAGCCGAAAGAGAGCACUACAACCAGCUUGCCAAGCAGAAUAUGGAUGCCAAACUCGCCGCGUACGACAAGUGGAUUCUUUCGCACACACCCGAAGAGAUUGCUGCCGCCAACUAUGCGCGCGCCGCCUUGAAGCGCAAGCUCGGCCUCAAGUCCAAGUACGACACGCUGAUCGAUCCGCGCCACAACAAAGCCGCUAGGUCGGGCCCCUUUGUUCUCUUUGCCAAAGAGCGUCUUAGCUCUGGGGAAUAUCAAGGCAUCGUAGUUCAGGAGAGGAUGAAACUUGUCGCAAAUGAAUGGAAGGCGCUCAGCCCCAGCGAGAAGAAGGUAUUCGAAGAUCAGUCCGCAGCUGCGAAGGCUGCGGCCGCAAAGACGGCAGCUUGA